GUGGUCUCCCUCUACGAACUACGAACACGCUAGUCGACGCCGGGCGUCCCAAGCGCGCACUUGUCGGGAGCAGUCGUCGUUUCGUAUUCCAAGCCGAAAACAACUCUGACAUAAGGCUUGUCGCGGUGUAUCACGCGCGUCAUCCGACAAACGGGGACCUUCAGCGAACAUCUCUCUGAACGAAGAGACAAAGUUUUUACGAGCUUCGAUGAUAGACGCUCGCUUGCGUGGCACGUGAAAAGUGAACAUUUUUUCGCGACGUUUGGGACACGGCGAUUUAGGAUGCAUUGGACGGACAUCAUUUUUUAUAAAAUUUUGACAUAAGCUCUGCGUGAAUGAGACAUUACGCCGGAAAUUGUUCGCAGGCAGCGAAUAGUGUUGUAACUCUCGUUCCUGUCGGAGUCGCGAAGAAGAGUGUUUUUGGAGUAGUUGCGAAUGAGUCGAGAAACUUUAUUGGGGUGAACCGAUAGAAUGCGAAUGCGGAUCUUAUAUUCGUGACAUCGGAUUUGUUAAUCGGAUAUCGGUGAUGCAGCUACAUGCUGGAAGGAGGAAGGGGAUGACCGUUAAUUUUCUAUCGAGGAUGGUGGCGGUCUUCGUUUUCGCUUGUCUUCUACUGCAGAAUGGUCGAUCAACAUUCGCAGCAUAUACCACUGUUUCCACCAUCCCUGAUCCUCAAUUCGUCGACGAAAUAGGAAAUAUUACGGUACCGGCGGGACGAAAUGUCAAAUUAGCGUGCAGCGUGAAAGAUCUCGGAUCGUUUAAGGUGGCCUGGAUGCUUUUCGACAAGAGCGCUAUCCUGACGGUACAGAAUCACGUUAUUACCAGGAACCCCAGAAUAUCCGUGUCGCACGAUAAGCACAGGACCUGGUUCCUACAUAUCAACGACGUGCACGAGGAGGACAAGGGAAAGUACAUGUGCCAGAUUAACACCGCCGCCGCCAAAACGCAAUAUGGCUAUCUACACGUUGUAGUGCCACCGAACAUCGACGAUUCGCAAAGUUCGUCGGACGCGAUCGUUCGCGAGGGCGCCAAUGUGACUCUCACCUGCAAAGCGACCGGAAGUCCGACGCCUAGUAUUCGUUGGAAACGAGACGACAGUUCCAAGAUAUCGAUCAACAAAACUUUAUCCGUGCCGGAAUGGGAAGGUGAAACGCUGGAAAUGGCGAGGAUUUCGAGACUGGAUAUGGGUGCAUAUUUAUGCAUUGCUAGCAACGGCAUACCACCCACAGUCAGCAAGCAGAUCAAAGUUUCGGUCGACUUCCCCCCUAUGCUAUGGAUACCGCAUCAAUUGGUCGGCGCGCCCUUGGGCUACUCCGUUACGCUGGAAUGCUAUACCGAGGCUCAUCCAACUUCUUUGAAUUACUGGGCGAGGGAGGAUGGUCUAAUGAUUCACGAGAGCACUAAAUAUAAGGCUACGUCGUCGCCCGACAGGCCCUCUUACAAGACGCAUAUGACGCUCACGAUAUCCAACAUACAGAAAGACGACUACGGUAGCUACAAGUGCAUCGCCAAGAACCCACGUGGAGAAACCGACGGAACGAUUCGUCUGUACAUGUCCGCACCGCCCAGCACCAGUCCUAGUCCAUCUACCACGGAAAUCGCUAAGAAAGAUUGGGAUUUCAUGGCGGAGAUGAAUAACUCUGUUUACGGAAAUCCAAGUUCGCUGACAAUUCAUAAUGAGAAGAAUAUCAAGACAGGUACCAAGUAUCAAUCGAAUCUUAACGAAAUCGGAAGAUCAGAGCAAAAGUUGUCCGAGUUGGAUAGGAAAAAAAGUCACAACUGGUCUGCUGAUAAGGAUUCAGCAACGGGCAUGACGACGACCGUGACGCUACUACUAAUUACUCUGGCCGUAACGAUAAUUCGAUAAACAAAACCCAAGUUCUCGUCUUGAUACGCGAUAAAUGUUGAUUCUCCCUAAUUAAAGAACUCGAUUAAAAAGUAAAGAAAAGAAGAUUUUUUUUUUUUUAGAAUUUAAACGAUGCAUAAAGGACACACAACAUACACACACAAUCCAUACGUUUGUAUGCGUAAACAUGCAAACAUAUACACACGUAAUUAUACACGAGUGACACAAAGACUGACCGGGGUAGUUAACGUUCGUAUUAAAUGACGGAGAAUAAUUACGCGCGUGCCAAGUUAGUAUAGCGACAAAGUUCAAGAGUGGCCAAGAAUUGAAGGAGCAUGAAUUCCCCCACCGAUCCCCCUCAUUGUAAGAUUGCGUGUGUGUGUUUGUGUCUGUCAGUCUGUCUGUGUGUAUGUGUGCAUGAAUUCAGACGAGGGUGAGAUACGCAGCGAUGGGCGGAACAACGAGAACGAAGAAGGGAAGAUAUUAACAAAGUGCAACGACUAUCGCUUUCAGUGUAAUAUAUUGUAUAACGCUGUAAUCAAUGACGCCAACAACAAAAAAAACCAGUGAUCCCGUCUCUGCGAGUGCAAUUUGGGAACUUGUGAGAAUAAGUCGUUAUAUUUUUUAACUGCAUCAUGGGAGAAUUUUAGUCGCGCGGUAAUCCCAGUAUUUCGGAAUAUCAAAACGAAACCACUCGAGCUUAAUAUUGGAUUAAAGUUUACGACUGAGGAAAAGAGCCCCAUCCCCAAUGGGAUUUUGGACUAUUUUUAAAUUUCUAUACUUUUUCGAAAAAAACAAAAAAACAUGAUUUCAUCUCUUUCAUUAGUACGUAAUAAAGAUUUUCAAUUUUAUUAACAACGUAGAAGAGAAUUGCGUUUGAAGAUCAUUCGUCGUAAUAUGAUGUGUGUAUCUCUCGAGAGAACAAUCGCGCGGGAGUAUAAAUUGCGCUUCAAGCAGAGUUUAUUUUCUAUUGCCAUCAAGUCCGACUCGGUUUCAGCUGCGAUGUAUUCCUUAGGCAUCGGCAACUUUUUUUUUCGGGUACUAAAACGUGAGAGAAAUAUGGCAUUGCGCGAGCGCGUAUUAUCUUCAGCAUCGAUUCUCCACUUCUUCCCUCCGCAGACACACCCUUUCUGUUCUGCCAAGAAUACAUUCCAAAUUCUCCGAUUCCUUCUCGUUCGAGCCCUUGCAUCCUUACGUACGAAAUCAUGAAUCCCAUCUGGAUACUUGAGAUUAAAACGUCAGAUUCGAUGCAGAGGAGUUGCUCUCGCUUAAGGAGACAGUCGAAAGAAGCACGGAGACGACGGAAAGGGAAAAAAGAAAAUGGAAAAUUUGCGGCAGAAAAAGUGGAACGGAACGGAGAUAUGCUAUAACGGAGCAAUCGAGUCGUUCAUUGAUUGCAAGCAAGCAGUUUUUUUCUAAGCCACAUAUAGAAUCAGAAGUAAAAUAUUAUACUUUCUUUGUUGUCAUUAAAAUAAAUUGAUUCUUCUGCAUGUCAAAACUCAUACUCGAUAAAAAAGAAGGUGUCGAAACUUUUUCUAUUAAUUUACGAAUUAGUGAAUAGACGAAAAUCUCUCUUUUGCAUUAUCACACUGUCGUAAAUACAAAUGUGAGAUAGGUGUAAAUGUUCAUAUGUUUGUUUAAUAAUAAAAGAUGUUAUAAUAGAUUUUAACACAUUUUAUCAUUACACGUGUAGCGCUAUUGCGACACAUGGGAUAUAAAUAAUAGACAUGCGAAGAGGCCAAUUUAUUAUCACGAUUUGCAUUUCUCGCUUCUGACGUCGUAAUCCCAGAUAAGUGUACCGAAUGAUUUUGAGCAUAGCAUUAAAAGCUUAUCUUUUAUUACCUGUCUUUUAUUGUAUUUGCUAUUUUUACGUUUGUGCACGCGCAAAGAAAUGUUCUUGUAAGAAUUGACUGUCCUUAUGACGUACAUAAUAAAACAAAUCGAUCAGGUAUUUCAUAUUCAUACAUUAACGUGGAGAUUUUUUGCAGUUAGAAAUCUAUCCGCAAGAUUGAAGAAUUGAGAGAAAAUAAUUGCAAGAUAAAUUAAACUUAUCCGGAAGGUGAUCGAAUCCCAUUUCACCACGCCGUUACGUCGUGCGAUCAAUUUGUUUACGCGUUAAUUGAUCAAAUUGGGAUUUGUUCGUAGACGGUCGCGAGCGGCUGCCACGUCGGUUUUAAGCGGGCUUCGAACUACUUAGAAAUAUCCAUUAUUCAGCGUACAUCUUGUUUAAAGCAACAGGUUCGAGAGUCCCUGCACUCUGCGAGCAAAGGAGUUAAUGCCCGCUACGGAUUAAAGAAGGGAACGGCUCGACUUAGGGAUUACGUAGGACUUACCCUGAUGAGGUCUGUAAUCGUAUCAUUCGCGAGACUACCUCUCGGUCUUGUAACAUUUUAAGAGUCAUAAGCAUGAGAAGAUCACGCGCUCGCGUCGCAGUUUUCGCGGUGCGAUGCAAUCUGCAAAUCUAAUCGCGACGAAUUCGAAUCCCGAUCUGUUCAACGCAAACUAAUGAUUGUUUCCCUGACUGUCAAAUGAAAUAAAGAAUUUAUGCGCUUUUACGCGUGUGAACGAUUAACCGGCAUUAAAAGGUGUUCAUUACACGUGCAUUGUAAGCGAUUCGAACUUGGUAAAAUAAAAUUAUGAAAGUUUAGAAAAGAGCAGUUUAGAAAAAAAAAAAAAAAAAAGAUGAUGACAGAAAUGUUUUAUAAUCUAGACUGCAUUUGAUAAUAAUAUUUAAAUGUAUUUUUAAAAUGCAUUUUUAUAUUUAGCAUCAAAAUUUAUGUAAGAAUGUGUUCCAUAAUAUUAUUACUAUUUUUUUCAUAGAUUUAUUCAGUUCAAUCUUCUAAUCAUUUUAUGUAAUUUUUGGAAAAAAAAACAAUUAUGAAUACUUUACAAGUCUUUUGUGAAAGAUAAUUGUACUCAAUCCGGGGCGCAGCGUGAUUUAUUUCAAAACAUUAAUCGGCACGGCCGAUUAUUCUUUAAAUUUUAUUCUAAUCAGCUUUAAUCAGUCAUAAAGUUCCGUACAUGCAUACACAUACACAUAUAUAUGCACGGGUCAAUAAACACGGUAUGUUCUAUAAUUCUGCACGAGACGUAAAGAUUGUCAAAAAAGUCAGAAUUUAACAUUUUAAAUAGUUUUGUCUCUAUAAAAAAAUCAAAAA